GAGUAUGUGUGUGUGAGUGUGCCUUUGCCAAGUGCAGGCAAAAAAGUUGUUUAACUAACCAAAAGAAAAAGUUUGAAAAGUGUCAAGCUAAGCGGUGCGGCCAAUAACCUAACGACAACAACCACAACAACUGAAACAGCAAUUGCAACAACAGCAACAGCAACAGCAACAACAUUUUUGCCAAGGCAUGCAAUGGCGACCCCGUGCACCGGCCAGCCUGCGGUUUAAUUACCGUUAUCCUUGCAACAGCAGCAGUAGCUAAAUAAGCGGCACUCAAGUCUUUGGAUUACGAUUACGCGUUGCACCGAAAGCAAAAGGACGAAACUCCAGCGACUGUGGUAAAAAUAGAGAGUGCGAGAGAGAGAGAGAGAGAGAGAGAGCGAGAGAGAGAGAGAGGGGCUAAGAGGAAUCAAAGUCGCGUCGGCAGGUGAACAUUCCAAUUGGCAAAAGGCAAAGCAGCUAAUUGGCACAGCCUGACAGCCCGAACAACAACAACAACACACAAAGCAAAACAGGCCAUUUGUAGCUGCAGCGAGGCUGGCUCAAAUCCGUUCAAAAUGUGCAAAAGGCAGCUGCAAUAGACAGUGGCGAUAACUGGCAACAGAGCGGAAUAGAGUCCAAGGAUUGGCAAACAAACCAAGCAAAUCCCAAGCAGAACCCUCCUAACCCCACUCGCCCCACAGUCAGCAUGCCAUCAAUUGCCAACAUCAGCAUCAGCUCUAGCGCCAGGAUGACAACAGCAGCGACGUCAUCGUCGGCCAUGUCGACGACAAUGGUCAGCUUCCUGCCCGGCAACGAUGUGCGCCUUAGUUACAUUGUAAAUCAAGUCGCAUCCGCAGCCGGUGUUGGCGUCGAUGCAGGAACUGGAGCUGUUGCCUCUUCCUCCUCCUCAUCCUCCUCCUCCACGCCCGCAUUGCCCACGUUUAGUCCGCCGCGCAUUGCGAGCUUGGUGGCCAGCUCGGCGGAGGAUUUGAGCAGCUUUGGCGAUGUGACAUUCGACAUCUUCGAUGAUGAUGACGAUUUGUUUGGCUCGCCGAUGGCCUUCGAUGCCAGCGAACAGGGUUUGUGGAACGGACGCUUUGUGCCCCCACCACCACGUCCGCCCUUCUUUGUGGAUGAGCCCGUGCUGAGCGAUGGCCUAACCACAUGUGAUUUAUGCUCCUGGGCCAUGCCCACUAAAAGCACAUUCAUGUUCGAGGGCACGAUAGAGAAAGCCAACGAACUGGGCUGGCCGCUGACGUUGAUCAUUGUGUCCGUGCUGUCGGCGCUUCUCGGCGCCAUCAUCAUGAUUGCUGUGGUGCGUUGCCGUCGCAAAAAGUCCUCGAACAAUCGUAAUGACACACAUGUGCAAUGGUGGUCACGCAACAAACGCGCUCACGGCAAUGGAGCGGGUCAAGGCAGCACUAGCGGUGGUGCACCCAUUGCCGGUGGCAGCAAUGGUGCUCACAUCAACAACAACAACAACAAUCAUCUGAGACGUAGCAAUAUUUAUACAGCGCAUCCAGCGGACAGCAUACGCGGCCUGCAACCGCUGCCGUUGCCGCUGCCACCGCCUACAGGUAUAGCUGCCACAAUGUUGUCCGUGUCGCCAGCGUCAAGCCAACAUCUGCAGCUGCAACAGCAGGCGCCACACUAUUUCCAUCCAUAUCAUCAUCAUCAUCACGCACCACCGCCGCCGUUGCCGCAUUAUCCGCAUGAUUGCGAUGAGGAUGCCGCAUACGAGGAGCCCGAGUACCAUCAGCCGCAGCAACUGCAGCAGUUGCACAGCAACUCAAACUCAAAUUCGAACUCUUUGUCGUCGGUCGCGUCUUUACCAGCGCCUACUGAGGCAACCACUAGCCACUGGCCGCAGGCCAGCACCACUCUGGUGGUCGCCAGCUGAGAACCGGCUGAGAGCUGCGUCUGGGCGCGUCAACGUAGACGCAGCCUGAGCAGCGGCUGGAUCUGGCAGUGACAUGUUACUGGGCAACGGCAAAGGCAACGGCAACGGAAACGGAACGGACAGCGGCAACAUGUUGCAGCAACAUUUGCGGUAACUUUAGCUGCUUAAAAUGCGGCGCACAAAUUCUGGUGGAGAUCAUAAAAAGGAUUACACGUAACAUUUUGUGAAGUUGACUUUUUUUGCUGCCAGCGAAGCAGUCCAUAAGCGUCGAAGGAUUCACUUUAGUGUCUGACUGCCUGCCACUCGUUCCAUGUGUGUGUGUGUGUGUGAAUGGUUAUGUGGUUGUGAGUAUGUGUGUUGUGUCUGUGUCUGCAAUUGGGAAAAACCGAAACGAAUUUAGUGUCACUUCCACUUCCGUUGUGCAAACUAUCGAAUCAGCAACAACAAAAGCAAAAACGAACUCAGACAGACGAGGAGGAGCAGGGUAGGAGAACGUGGCUUUUGGGGGAGGGAGAACCUGUGCUGAUGUCGGGUUAUGUGGCAGCAUGCUUUUUACAUGCCCUGCACGUUUUAUCCUUUAUUGCCGUUCGGCAUUAGUACAGGGAUUUUGUCAGAUUAAAGCAAAUAAAGGGCGUGCUUUUUGUUUCCAGCUUUUGUAACUGGCAACUGCCGACUUUGCCGAUGAUGCCACAAGUUUAAAUCGUUGUUAAAGUGUAUGUGUAUGUGUUUGUGUAAAUGUUAGUGUGAGUGUGAUUGUGAGGUUGAGUGUUUGCAAGUGUGUGUAUAUUUCAUAUCCUACAAAUCUGACAGUAAAUGACACUAGGUACAUUGCCUAUACAGAAAAUUAAGCCAGAAAACUUUGCGUUCCACAGUUGAAUCUAUGCCAGAUUCUAGCUGCUAUAUUUGUAACUAUCUGUAUAAUAUUGUUUUUUUUUAAGACGCGUUUUUACUUUACUGUGAUGAAGCCUUGUAGUGGGCACAGGGUAUUUAUAAGUCGUACAAGCGAAAUUUAGAUGGUUUAACUUUUUUUUUUUUUUUUUUGUCUAAAUAGA